AUGCCACGCGGUAAAUACACCAACCAUAAGGGGCGCAAUCGUAAAUUCACUAGUCCCGAAGAAUUAGAAGAGCAAAGGAAGCAGGAGGAACAGAAACAAAAAUGGAGGAAAGAACAUGGGCCGAGCAGCAGUGAAGAAGAGUCAGAAGACAAUAAGUCAGGCUCGGGAAGCAGUGAUGACAGUGAUUCUGAUGAGGAUCAUCCCACAAAGGCUAAAGGAGUUUCGGGACUCAUUGAAGUGGAAAAUCCCAACAGAGUAGUAAAGAAAAAUAAAAAGUUAAAUAACUUAGAUAACCUCGGCGAGGGAGAAAAACCCCAAUUAUCAAGGCGCGAACGGGAAGAAAUUGAGCGCCAGCGUGCUGCUGCUGCAUAUCAGAAGGCCCAUGCUGAGGGGAAGACAGACCAAGCUCGGGCGGACUUGGCCCGACUGGCCAUAAUCCGUCAGCAGCGUGAGGAAGCUGCUAAGAAACGCGAGGCAGAAAAAAAAGCGAAAGACGAAGCAACAAAAAAGAGG